AUGAACAAGCUGCUCUCGUUCGCGGUGUUGGCCGCUCUGCUGGCCAUGGCGGCGGCCGACUGCCAGGUGUCGGUCACGCAGACCCUGGGCAGCGCGUGGACCACCAACGGCCAGGACUUCUCCCAGUGGAGCGUCGCCAUCACCAACACGGGCUCCGAGGGCGUCAAGUCCGUCGACCUCUCCAUCACCAACGACUCGCUCUUCGACCAGCUGUGGAACAUCGUCAAGGACAACCGCGGCCUCUACGUCCUGCCCGACUACAUCCUCCAGAACGGCGGCAUCGCUGUGAGCGGGUCGUACCAGUUCGGGUACAUCAUCAAGAGCAAGGCGCAGGCCACCAUCGAUCUCGAGGCCGUCGACUGCAAGGCCGUCUCGCCCUCGGUCGCCCCCUCGACCUCGCCCGCCGCCCCUUCGGCCUCGGCAUCGCCCGCCGCCGCGUCGCCCUCGUCGUCGGCCUCGCCCGUCGUUGUCGCCUCGCCGCAGCCCACCGGGUGCACCGUGACGGUCGAGUCCGUGGCGCGCUCCGCCGCCAGCGGCGGCCAGUGGACCGAGGGCGACUCGCAGUUCCAGAUCUUCGACGUGACGACGACCAACUCGGGCAACACGCCCGUGACCGCGGUCAAGCUCACCAUCAGCGUGUCCGGCGCCGACGUGAGCAUCUACCAGUUCUGGAACCUGGAGCGGAAGGAGAACACCAACGUGUUCAACGUGCCCACGCCGUGGGGCGCCAUCCAGGUGGGCGCCUCGCAGGGCGCCGGCUUCAUCGUCAAGUCCAAGGAGGGCCAGAGCGUGGCGACGCCCGUGGUCAAGGUCGAGUCGGCCACGUGCUCGGGCUCGCCCACCGCGGCGCCCUCGCCGGCGCCCGGUUCGCCUUCGCCGUCGCCGUCGAGCCCCGUCGUGGCCACGCCUCAGCCGAGCGCGGCGCCCGCCGGCUGCAGCGCCGAGCUCACCAUCGUGGCGCGGUCGGCAGCGAGCGGGGGCCAGUGGCAGGACGGGAACAAGUGGAACCAGAUCUUCGACGUGGUGGUGAGCAACACGGGCUCGAAGGCCCUCACCGGCGGCCAGGUGUCGUUCACGCUGGCGUCGGGCGUGUCGGUGAGCCAGUUCUGGGAGCUCAACCGCAAGGACGCCACGACGUUCACCAUCCCGACGACGUACGGCCCGAUCCAGGUGGGCGCGUCGCAGGGCGCCGGCAUCGUGGCCACGACGACGACGGCCACCACCAUCGCCACCCCCACUGCCACCCUCUCCGGCCUCACCUGCAACUGA